AUGGCAGCUGAGUCAUUGCCUUUCUCCUUUGGGACACUGUCCAGCUGGGAGCUAGAAGCCUGGUAUGAGGACCUGCAAGAGGUUCUGUCCUCAGAUGAAAAUGGAGGUACUUAUGUCUCACCACCUAGAAAUGAAGAGGAAGAAUCAACAAAAACUUUUACUACUCUUGACGCUGCCUCUCUGGGUUGGCUGACUGAGGAACCAGGAGCAGCAGAAGUCACAGGCACUUCCCAGAGCCCUCACUCUCCAGAUUCCAGUCAGAGCUCCCUGGCUCAGGAGGAAGAGGAAGACCAAAGAACCAGGAAACGGAAACAGAGUGGCCAUUCCCUAGCCCGGGCUGGAAAGCAGCGCAUGAAGGAGAGAGAACAGGAGAACGAGAGGAAAGUGGCACAGCUAGCUGAAGAGAAUGAACGGCUCAAGCAGGAAAUUGAGCGCCUGACCAGGGAAGUAGAGGCGACUCGCCGAGCUUUGAUCGACAGAAUGGUUAAUCUGCACCAACCAUGAAUGACUGGGACCAUCACCCUCACACACACAC